CAUAGAAAAACAAUCUAGCAAACAGUAUAUUGUUGUUCUAUUUAGCAAAUAUGCUAUCACCAGUUUUAGAGGCGGAAUUUAUUUAAAUAUCAAAAUUAGUUUAUACUUGUAGUAUUCGAAAUUUGAGUAAUUUUGAACAGUCAACUAAAUGAAUCGUAAGCUUUCAGAAGAUGACGUACGAAAAUCGUCGGAUUCCAGUGAUAUUGGCAGAGAUCAUUCACUUUCGGGCAUAUGCAUCAGUCAACCCCGCGGCAGCAGCAUUGAUUCAGUAGUGUGUCGUAUUUGUCAGGGCUCUAGCGAUGAGAUAAGCAUGAUAUCUCCAUGUCUGUGCAAGGGAUCGAUGAAAUACGUGCAUUUGGAAUGUUUGGAGCUUUGGUUAAACCGUUCCGGACUUACUCGGUGUGAGUUGUGUUUGCACAAUUUCCAAACCCACGAAACGCUUCGUUAUGGUUGUUGCGAGUCAGUGCUAGUAUGGUACCGUAAUCCAGAUAACCGGAAUCUAUUGAUGUCGGAUCUUUUGAUCUACUCUAUAUUGUCAUUUGUGUGCUUUAUGCUCACUCUGGUUUGCAUGUUGGUGUUGCGUUUUCAACAUUCUGAACACGAUCCAUUUGGAGAGGAAUUAGCUAAAGUGGCUGUCAUUUGUUUUCUAUCGUUGGUGAUGAUUGCUUACUCUGCGAACGUUAUUAUCAUAGCAAGAGACCAUUUAAUGCCCUGGUACCGUUGGUGGAGAUCAGCCAGAAAUGUUCGAUUGUCACGCUUAGACGUAGUCGAUUAUCCUAUGGAAACUGUUUAGAAUACACCUCUGUUGUUUCACAAAUUUGAUUAGUUUAAAACAUUUUUGCCUUCACAAAUUAGCUCGGGAACUGCAAAAUGUAAAUUUAACAUACAUUUACAUUCAUAUUCUUUUUUCAUUCGAUUUGUGUGUCUUUGAAAUAAAAGAAAAGUAGAAAAAAGAAUUGGAAGAAAGCUCCUGA